AUGGGAUUUCGUUUAUUACCAAUGAUUUCCAGUGCCAAGCAAAUACACAAACUACAGUCUGUUUUAACAAGGAGUCAUUCAGAUGUUCCAAAAGGACAUUUUGCAGUUUACGUGGGAGAGAUAGAGAAGAAACGAUACGUCGUGCCAAUAACAUACCUGAAUCAUCCUUCUUUCCAGAAGUUAUUAAGGCAAGCAGAAGAAGAAUUUGGCUUUCAUCAUUCAAUGGGCGGUUUAACAAUUCCGUGUAAUGUGAAAGCCUUUGUUGAUGCAAGAGUUGUAAACUACUUAUGUGCAAAGCCUUCAAGCAAAGCACAAAGGUGCAAUCUUAACCAUUUUUCGUUGGGGCUAAGUGCACAGAUAGCCAUUUUCAGGAAUGCUAUUUAG